AUGUCGUCUUCCACUCGAACUAGCGAAAGACGACCAUCAUCCUCGAGGGGCAACCGCCUCAGCAAUCUCUUUGCCAACUCCAAGAGCAAGGACCAGAACUUGCCUCAGCAAACUCUGCUUGCCAUGCAGCAGCAACAGUCCCAGGGCGGCGCCGGCACGGUGCAGGUGCCUACCAUCUCCGUCACCGCGGCACAGGGCGACGACUACGCAGCGGGUCAGCCGGAGCCUCUUGUUUCCUCCGACCCCGACGAGCGCCAGGCUAAGCUUGACGCCCAGUUCGGCCCUCUGAACCAUCCUAGCCACCUAUACGUGAGCAAGCAUCACGGCGAACCCCUAGAGCCUCCCAUCAUCGACGAGCCGGCCUAUUACUACGUCCUCACCACCUAUAUCAGUUACCUGCUGCUUAUUGCCUUUGGACACGCCCGCGACUUCUUUGGUAAGCGCUUUGGCGACCCCAAGAUGUACAGAGCUCUCAAGGCUCAAAACGGGUACGCUCCCCUCAACGAAGACUUUGAUAAUUUCUACGUCCGCCGUCUGAAGAGGCGCAUCGACGAUUCUUUUGCCCGUCCCACAACCGGUGUCCCUGGACGCUUUAUUACCCUCAUGGACCGCACCUCCAAGGAUUUCAACAUCACCUAUAAGUUGACUGGUACCUUUACCGAAACCCUCAACAUGAGCUCGUACAACUAUCUCGGCUUUGCUCAGUCGGAAGGCCCCUGUGCCGAUGCCGUCGAGGAAUGCGUGCGAACGUACGGCCUGAGUGUUUGCAGCCCCCGCGCCGACGCCGGUACGAGCGACCUUGCUGUCGAGGUCGAGAACGAGAUUGCCAACUUUGUCGGAAAGCCCGCCGCCAUGGUAUUCUCCAUGGGCUUUGUCACCAACUCGACGUCCUUCCCUGCUCUCGUGUCCAAGGGCUGCCUCAUCAUCUCUGACGAGCUCAACCACGCGUCGAUCCGCAUCGGUGCCCGUAUUUCCGGUGCUGUUAUCAGGUCGUUCAAGCACAAUGACAUGAAGCAUCUCGAAAAGGUUCUCCGCGAAGCCAUCUCCCAAGGCCAGCCCCGCACGCAUCGUCCUUGGAAGAAGAUUCUCGUUGCCGUGGAGGGAUUGUACUCGAUGGAGGGAACUAUGUGCGACCUCCCCGGACUUUUGGAGCUCAAGAAGAAGUACAAGUACUACCUCUUCAUCGACGAGGCGCACAGCGUCGGCGCUCUUGGACCCCGUGGUCGCGGCGUGUGUGAUUACUUCGGAAUAGAUCCUGCCGAGGUCGAUAUUCUCAUGGGUACCCUGACCAAGUCCUUUGGCGCCAACGGCGGGUAUAUCGCCGGCGAGAAGGACAUCAUUGAGAAGCUCCGUUGCUCCAACGCUGCCAGCCGGCUCGCAGAGUCCCCCACUCCUGCCGUUCUUAUGCAGAUUCUGGCAUCGCUCAAACUGAUUACGGGCGAGCUUUGCCCUGGCCAAGGCGAGGAGCGACUCCAGCGCAUCGCGUUCAAUUCCCGUUACCUCCGACUCGGUCUCAAGCGACUCGGCUUCAUAGUGUACGGCCACGAUGACUCGCCCAUCAUCCCCAUCGUUCUCUACCACCCCGGAAAAAUGUCGGCCUUUAGCCACGAAAUGCUAGCGCGGAAGAUUUCGGUAGUCGUCGUGGGCUACCCUGCGACGCCUUUGAUAAGCUCGCGGGCCCGAUUCUGCGUCUCCGCGGCACACAACAAGGAAGACAUGGACCGACUUCUCGCGGCGUGUGACGAGGUUGGCGACAUUAUCCAGCUCAAGUACUCGACCGGCGCUGCCGGAGGAGCCGACCACCUCCCUGCCGGCAUCACUCAUGAGAACGAGAAGGAGUGGCGUAAGGCCAACGGCGACGCGAAGCUUCCCCUGCGAUAG